GUGCAUUUGCACGCGCGGGCACACUCUUUGGACUGGUCGGGCCGGGCGGGGUUUGACUGCUCAGCGGUCCUGAGGCGGAGAGGAGGCGGUAACUAGUGGACCCUAAUGCUUUAGCCCGGGACAGAAGGGAUAAAGGAGCCAGAGCGAGGGGCAGGGCUGCAGGCGACCCGCAAGGAUUUGAAGUAGCCGCGGCGAACGGCGCCAGGGUCCCGAAAGGUGCGACUCCAGCCGGAGGGAAGAGCGACAGCUCUAGUGGCCGUCCUCCCUUUUGUCUCCGGGCAGGGUCCGCCCGCAGGCGGGGCUUGCGGGGGUCGGGCCACUGGGUGACACCCCUUCCGAGGGCCCACGGAUCUUCCUCACUCCGGGUUGCGGUGGCUCUGGUGAGGACCUGCCCUGGCUUAGGUCGCGGGGAACCUGCGCCCCGCGCCCCCAUUCCCCGUCGGAAGUCGGGGUUAUAGUACUCCGCCACUGACCUGCACUCGUGCAGUCUGACCCGGCAGGGCUGCUGCUCCCGCUCAUGGUUGACAGUGCAGAGAGAGAAAACUUUGAGGGACAAUGGAUGCAAAAGCUCGAAAUUGUCUACUUCAACAUAGAGAAGCUCUGGAAAAGGACAUUAAAACAUCCUACAUCAUGGAUCACAUGAUUAGUGAUGGAGUUUUAACAGUGUCAGAAGAGGAAAAAGUAAAAAAUCAGCCCACGCAACAUCAACGAGCAGCUAUGCUAAUUAAAUUGAUACUUAAAAAAGACAAUUAUUCCUAUAUAUCAUUCUACAAUGCUCUACUACAUGAAGGAUAUAAAGAUCUUGCUGCCCUUCUUCAUAGUGGCAUUCCCGUGCUUUCAUCUUCCAGUGGCAAAGAUUCAAAUGGUGGAAUAACUUCAUAUGUAAGGACAGUGCUGUGUGAAGGUGGAGUACCACAAAGGCCAGUUGUUUUUGUUACUAGAAAGAAGCUGGUGAAUGCAAUUCAACAGAAACUCUUCAAAUUGAAUGGCGACCCAGGAUGGGUCACCAUUUAUGGAAUGGCAGGCUGUGGGAAGUCUGUAUUAGCUGCAGAAGCUGUUCGAGAUCAUUCACUCUUAGAAGGUUGUUUCCCAGGGGGUGUUCAUUGGGUUUCAGUUGGAAAACAAGACAAAUCUGGGCUUCUGAUAAAACUACAGAAUCUUUGCACACGGUUGGAUCAGGAUGAGAGUUUCCCCCAGAGGCUUCCACUUAACAUUGAAGAGGCAAAAGACCGUCUCCGCAUUCUAAUGCUGCGCAAACACCCAAGGUCUCUGUUGAUCUUGGAUGACAUUUGGGAUUCUUGGGUUUUAAAAGCUUUUGACAAUCAGUGUCAGAUUCUUCUUACAACCAGAGACAAGAGUGUUACAGAUUCAGUAAUGGGUCCUAAAUAUGUAGUCCCUGUGGAGAGUGGCCUCGGUAAAGAAAAAGGACUUGAAAUUUUAUCCCUUUUUGUUAAUAUGAAAAAAGCAGAUUUGCCAGAACAAGCUCAUAGUAUUAUAAAAGAAUGCAAAGGUUCUCCUCUUGUGGUAUCUUUAAUUGGUGCACUUUUACGUGAUUUUCCCAACCGGUGGGAAUACUACCUCAGGCAACUACAGAACAAGCAGUUUAAGAGAAUAAGGAAAUCUUCAUCUUAUGAUUAUGAGGCUCUGGAUGAAGCCAUGUCUAUAAGUGUUGAAAUGCUCAGAGAAGACAUUAAAGAUUAUUACACAGAUCUUUCUAUCCUUCAGAAGGAUGUUAAGGUGCCUACAAAGGUAUUAUGUAUUCUCUGGGACAUGGAAACUGAAGAAGUUGAAGACAUAUUGCAGGAGUUUGUUAAUAAGUCUCUCCUAUUCUGUGAUCGGAAUGGAAAGUCGUUUCGUUAUUAUUUACAUGAUCUUCAAAUAGAUUUUCUUACAGAGAAGAAUCGCAGCCAACUUCAGGAUCUACAUAAGAAGAUGAUCACUCAGUUUCAGAGGUAUCACCAGCUGUAUACUCUUUCCCCAGAUCAGGAGGACUGCAUGUAUUGGUACAACUUUCUGGCUUAUCACAUGGCUAGUGCCAAUAUGCACAAAGAACUUUGUGCUUUAAUGUUUUCCCUGGACUGGAUUAAAGCCAAAACAGAACUUGUAGGCCCUGCUCAUCUGAUUCAUGAAUUUGUGGAAUAUAGGCAUAUAUUGGAUGAAAAGGAUUGUGCAGUCUGUGAGAAUUUUCAAGAGUUUUUAUCUUUAAAUGGACACCUUCUUGGACGACAGCCAUUUCCUAAUAUUGUACAACUGGGUCUCUGUGAACCAGAAACUUCAGAAGUUUAUCAGCAAGCAAAGCUGCAGGCCAAGCAGGAGGUUGAUAAUGGGAUGCUUUACCUGGAGUGGAUAAACAAAAAAACCAUCAAGAAUCUCUCCCGCUUAGUUGUCCGCCCCCAUACAGAUGCUGUUUACCAUGCAUGCUUUUCUGAGGAUGGUCAGAGAAUAGCUUCUUGUGGAGCUGAUAAAACCUUACAGGUGUUCAAAGCUGAAACAGGAGAGAAACUUCUAGAAAUCAAAGCUCAUGAGGAUGAAGUGCUUUGUUGUGCAUUCUCUACAGAUGACAGAUUUAUAGCAACCUGCUCAGUGGAUAAAAAAGUGAAGAUUUGGAAUUCUGUGACUGGGGAACUAGUCCACACCUAUGAUGAGCACUCAGAGCAAGUCAAUUGUUGCCAUUUUACCAGGAAGAGUCAUCUCUUAGCCACUGGGUCAAGUGAUUUUUUCCUCAAACUUUGGGAUUUGAAUCAAAAAGAAUGUCGAAAUACCAUGUUUGGCCAUACAAAUUCAGUCAAUCACUGUAGAUUUUCACCAGAUGAUGAGCUUUUGGCCAGUUGUUCAGCUGAUGGAACAUUAAAGCUUUGGGAUGUGAGAUCAGCAAAUGAGAGGAAAAGCAUUAAUGUGAAGCAGUUCUUCCUAAAUUCAGAGGACCCUCAAGACGAGAUAGAAGUGAUAGUGAAAUGUUGUUCCUGGUCUGCUGAUGGUACUAGAAUAAUGGUGGCAGCAAAAAAUAAAAUCUUUCUUUUUGAUAUUUAUACCAGUAGCCUGUUGGCAGAAAUCCACACAGGCCAUCAUAGCACCAUCCAGUACUGUGACUUCUCCCCUCAUAACCAUUUGGCAGUGGUGGCUUUGUCCCAAUACUGUGUGGAGUUAUGGAAUAUAGACUCAUGUGUAAAGGUAGCUGAUUGCAGAGGACAUUUAAGUUGGGUUCAUGGUGUGAUGUUUUCUCCUGAUGGAUCAUCAUUUUUGACAUCUUCUGACGACCAAACAAUCAGGGUCUGGGAGACAAAGAAGGUAUGUAAGAACUCUGCUAUAGUGUUAAAGCAAGAAGUAGAUGUUGUGUUUCAAGAAAAUGACGUGAUGGUCCUUGCAGUUGACAAUAUGAAACAUCUGCAACUCAUUAAUGGAAAAACAGGUCAUGUUGAUUACCUGACUGAAGCUAAAGUUAGCUGCUGUUGCUUGAGCCCACAUCUUCAGUAUGUGGCAUUUGGAGAUGAAGAUGGUGCCAUUGAGAUUUUAGAACUUCUAAACAAUAGAGUCUUCCAGUCCAGGGCUGGUCACAAGAAAGCUGUACGGCACAUCCAGUUUACAGCUGAUGAGAAGACUCUCAUUUCAAGUUCAGAUGAUUCUUCAAUUCAGAUAUGGAAUUGGCAAUCAGAGGAAUAUGUUCUUCUGCAAGGCCACCAGGAAGCAGUGAAAGACUUCAGGCUUCUAAAACAUUCAGGAUUGCUUUCUUGGUCAUUUGAUGGAACAGUGAAGGUAUGGAAUAUUAUUACUGGAAAAAUGGAAAAAGACUUUGUCUGUCACCAGGGUACAGUACUUUCUUGUGAUAUUUCUUCUGAUGCUACCAAGUUUUCAUCUACCUCUGCUGAUAAGACUGCAAAGAUCUGGAGCUUUGAACUCCCUUCUCCUCUACACGAGUUGAAAGGCCACAAUGGCUGUGUACGCUGCUCGGCCUUCUCUCUGGACAGUUCCCUGCUGGCAACUGGAGAUGACAAUGGAGAAAUCAGGAUAUGGAAUGUCUCAAAUGGCGAGCUUCUUCACUUGUGUGCUCCAGUUUCAGUAGAAGAAGGAGCUGCUACCCAUGGAGGCUGGGUGACGGACCUUUGUUUUUCUCCAGAUAGCAAAAUGCUUGUCUCUGCUGGAGGAUAUCUUAAGUGGUGGAAUGUCGAGACCGGAGAAUCCUUACAGACUUUCUACACAAAUGGAACUAAUCUUAAGAAAAUACAUGUGUCCUCUGACUUCAAAACAUAUGUGACUGUUGACAAUCUUGGGCUCAUCUCAUCUAUAGCUCAGAAUAUGAAGAAUUGACUUUUGGAGUUAAAAGCCACUUGACUGCUAAUGUAUAACAGCAAACAUCAACUUUUUAUGUCUUGACUGAGCUUUGUCUUAAUAUUUAAAAGAAACUAAAAAGGAAAAUGGGAAGAUGAGAUAAUGUGAGGAAAGGAAACACCUGCGACGUACAUUGCAGCUCGUGGAGUUGGUCAUGAGGGGGGUUUGGUUGUAGUUGCAGAUGAACAUUUUUAAACAUUUUCCCUGAUGUGUUUUUUGUAUGUGAAAAUACAUUGGACUUUGUAUAUGUAAAGAUUUUUUUAUAUUGAAUGUUUUUGUAUUGAAUGUGUGUGUUUUGAAACCUGUUACUUACAUGAUUUUCUUUUUUUUUUUUUGC